AUGGGUUUGAGCGCCCGGAGCUGCGCCUGGCUGCGGUCUUGGGGAGCUCGGCGGUGCUGGCUGCGGCGGGCUUCUCCGGGGAGCCCCGUCCCGUCUUCCCGGCCCAUCGUGGACAUGUCCUACUCCCGUCACUUCGUGGAUUUCCAGGGCUCGUCCAUCCCCACGGGCAUGCAGAAGCUGGUGGUGACCAAGCUGAGCGCAAACUUCCGAGAAGCGGUCGCCUUGCGCCGCGACGUGCCCGUGCCGCUCCCGGGAGACGGGGACCUGCUGGUCAGGAACAGAUUUGUUGGCAUUAAUGCGUCUGAUAUUAACUACUCAGCUGGCCGGUAUGACGCCACAGUUAAGCCCCCAUUUGAUGCAGGUUUUGAAGGAAUCGGAGAAGUGGUGGCUUUGGGUUUGAGUGCCAGUGCUAGAUUCACAGUGGGCCAGGCAGUGGCCUACUUUAGGCGUGGGGCUUUUGCUGAAUACACUGUUGUGCCUUCUAAAGAAGUUGUUCCAGUGCCUUCGGUGAAACCUGAGUUUCUUACACUACUGGUAAGUGGAACUACUGCAUAUAUCAGUCUGAAGGAGCUCGGAGAAUUGUGCGAAGGCAAGACUGUUCUGGUGACGGCAGCCGCCGGAGGGACUGGUCAGUUUGCUGUGCAACUUUCCAAGAAGGCCAAAUGCCAUGUGAUAGGAACGUGCUCCAGUGACGAGAAAGCUGGCUUUCUGAAAUCCAUUGGCUGUGACCGACCCAUCAACUAUAAAACUGAGAAUGUCGCUGAUGUCCUGAAGAAGGACUAUCCAAAAGGUGUGGAUGUAGUAUAUGAAUCUGUUGGUGGAAAGAUGUUUGAUUUGGCUGUCAACUCCUUGGCUAUCAAAGGGCGUCUGAUAGUUAUUGGGUUUAUCUCUGGCUACCAAACACAGACUGGCCUACCGCCAGGAUAUGUAGAGAUGUUGCCAGCAAAACUGCUAAGAAAAUCCGCCAGCAUCCGGGGUUUCCUCUUAACCCAGUACUUUUCUGAAUACCAAAUGGCUUUGAAACACUUGCUCGAAAUGUGUGAAAACAGAGAACUGGUUUGUGAGGUGGACCUUGGAGAUAUGUCUCCAGAGGGCAAGUUCACUGGUUUAGAGUCUGUAUUCCGUGCUAUAGAUUAUAUGUACAUGGGAAAAAACACUGGAAAAAUUGUAGUUGAAUUACCUCAUUCUGUCAACAGUAAGCUGUAAAAACAGAACAAUGAUAUAAAUCAAAAGAGAGAGAGAAUGGUCACUUUAUGCUUCACAAUAACUAAACCAGUUGAAUUUUUUUAACGCUAGGAAAAGGCAACAUAUUAAAAAGAACAUUUAGGUGUUAAUAAAAUUUUGAUUCGUUUCAGACAGAGCUUUUGUAUUAUUUUAAAAAGCAACUUGUCAUUGGGAUAGCAUUAAACAGCUCU